GUUGAGAAAUUAGAGGAAUUAUUUUCCACCAAGUUUGCAUCAUUCUCUGACCAGAAAGAAAGGUCUCACUGUGUAUGUUGCAAGAGAUUUAAGGGGAAGUGAUUGAAGGGAGACGAAAGGCUAAAGCGAGGCCAGCCUCUGGAACAGUCAGUCAAGCAAAGUGUACUUAGCAGACAGCAAGGGAGAAACAGGCUUCAGCUAUUGCGAAAAGGGCCAGCGCCCUCUGGAAGUGCUGCAAUGAUGUUCCAUGUGCUGGGCUAUACUGUUCUGCUAUGGAUAUGCUGUAACGCACAGAAUGAUAACUGUGGGCCACCCCCUAGAAGAAAUAAUGAAGAGCUCAGCGACCUUUCAGGCAAGCAGACCUACUCGCACGGUGAAGUUGUCUCCUAUAACUGCCGUCCUGGAUACAUAAAACUUGGACGUAUUAGAAUGAAGUGUAACAAUGGAAACUGGGAACAAGUCCCACCACUUGUGGAAUGUCGCAAAAGGUCUUGCGGGAAUCCUGGAGAUAUCCAGUUUGGUUCUUUUGAACUCAUUAAUGAAGAUGAAUUUGUCUUUGGCUCUCGUGUUGUGUACCAGUGUGAUCCAGGAUAUCAGAUGCUCAGCCAGACAAAUUACCGAGAUUGUCGAGCAGAUGGGUGGAGCAAUGAUGUCCCACACUGUGAAGUAAAGAAAUGCUUCCCAGUACAGCCACCAGAAAAUGGCAGGAUUGUUAUGACUGGAAUACUUGGGCUGGACCAAGAUUUUAUAUUUGGACAGGCAUUACGAUUUGAAUGCAAUCCAAAAUUCAGAAUUGUGGGCUCCAAACAAAUUGUUUGUGCAGAUGGGGGACAGUGGAAUGCAGGCGUACCAACAUGCGAAGCAAUAAUCUGCCAAGCAGGAAAGAUCCCAAAUGGCUACAUAACUUCACUAAAGAAUGUUUACAGGGAUGGUGAUGAGUUACAGUUUCAGUGUUACAGUGGAUAUAAGCCUGUUGACAGACCUACUGCAAUAUGCAGUGAGAAUGGAUGGAAUACAAGGCUUGAGUGUACAGAAAUUGUAUGCUCACAUCCAGAAGUAAAUAAUGGCAGUGUCAGUCCUCAGCGCCAACUGCACUCAAAUGAAGACACAAUCGAGAUACAGUGUAAUCCUGGCUAUGAGCCUGAACGCCGGCAAAAAACUUCCAAGUGCACUAAGGAUGGCUGGCUACCACAACCAAAAUGUGUCUCAAAACGCUGCAACUACCCAGAAGGAGAGAAUAUAGUAGUAUCUGGAUCCUAUUGGCCUUACAUAGAUUACUACUUUCCAAAAAGGGAGGGAGCUUACAUUGACACUAAAUGCAACAAUGGCUUCUUGCCAGCAAAUAAAGAGACCUGGCAACGUUCGAGAUGCACUAAAUCUGGAUGGAAUCCAGAACCAAAAUGCUUUAAACAAUGUGAACACAGAACAGGGUUUCCACAUGGUAAUUUUGUUUAUUUGGCCUGGCAUAAAUUCAUAGAAGGCAAUGAAAUUUCAUUUUCCUGUGAUAUGGGAUAUUAUCCUGAACAACAGGAAGCAAAGACCAAGUGCACAAAAAAUGGCUGGUCCCCCACUCCAAGAUGCAUCUCCAGAGAAAUACCUACCUGUAAAAACAAACCUCUACUUAAUGGCUUUUUCACUGACCGAAAGGACCAGUUUGCUCUCAAUGAGAGAACAAGAUAUAGUUGUCAGAUUGGUUUCACAACUCGGGAAGGACAUGAAGAGGGAGAGACACAGUGCCUUAGAGGAGGAUGGUCACCAAAGCCAGAGUGUAUCAAUACAUGUCAAAAAACAAUUGAGGAGAAUGUUAUAAUCACUAUAACCAAACAGGUUUUCUUCUUGGAGGAAAAUCUGCCCUACAAGUGUGAAGAUGGGUAUGAAACUAUCCACAAAACUUUAGAAGACAAUUCAGAAUGCACAGUGAAUGGAUGGAGCCCAAGGCCUCAAUGUCUACCAAUACAAUGUGAAGGUCUCCUUCUGGAGAAAGGGGAUGUCAAUCCAAGAAAGGACAAAUACUUGUACAACGAUGUAGUACGAUUUAGCUGUCGCGCAGGACACAAAAGGGUUGGUCCUAUCUCUGCUCAAUGUUAUCAUUUUGGAUGGUCUCCACCACCGCCUAUCUGUAAAGCUCCAGAAAAUGUCAGCUCUUGUCAGCCACCUAGCAACAUUACAGAUGGCAGAAUUAUCACUCCUCUUCAAAAACAAUAUCCACAUGGUCAUCAAGUAGAAUAUGAGUGCAACGUCAAAUACGCCAUGACCGGAUCAAAGAAGAUAGAGUGUGUUGAUGGACGAUGGACAUCUUUGCCCUCCUGUACAGCAGAGGAAAGAACCUGUCGGCCACCUCCUCAUAUUCGCAAUGAACUUUACACCAGGAUCCGUCAACGGAAAUAUUUCCAUGGUGAAACAGUGGCAUAUGAAUGUGAUGAAGGCUUUGCAGUUGUUGGAACCAAUCCAGCCAAGUGCCUCUAUGGCGAGUGGGACUUACCUUCAUGUGUUGAUGGUUGUGAACGUCCAGAGAUACCUAAGAAUACAAACUCUGACCCCCUGAAAGACCGCUAUAGGAACAACGAACUUAUCCACUACAGCUGUGAUUCCAGACAGUAUACAACAAAAUGUGUUAAAGGAAAUUGGUCACCCAAGCCUGACUGCAGAGAACUCUGCCCACCUCCACCUCAGCUUCCAAAUGCUGUUGAAAUAACUGAGGUGAGAAACUAUGAAAAUGGAGAAAAGAUACACUUUACAUGUAAGGAACACUUCCUGCUUGAAGGGCCAGAAGAAAUAUUGUGUGAAGAUGGAAAGUGGAAAAAGCCCCCACGCUGUAUUGAUGCAAGUUGUGGAAAUCCCCCUCCAAUUGCCAAUGGUAAUGCAGUGAAUGGUACUCAUGGAAGGUAUCUACCUGGAACAACAGUGGAAUAUCAUUGCAAUGAAGGUUUUGACAUUAUUGGAGUAUUUCCAACAUGCAGAAAUAGGAACUGGACCCCAGUGCCAACUUGUAAUGAAAAGCCAUGUGGACCUCCCCCACAAGUCUUUGAAGCAACACUUGCUGGAAGAGACAAACAAAGCUAUGAGUCUGGAGAAAUAGUACAUUAUGUGUGCCAUCCAGGAUUUGCUCCUGAUGGGUCCCUCGAAGUGACAUGCAGGAAGGGGCAAUGGACAGAACCUCCUACCUGUGAAGAAAUAGUCUGCGGAGAACCACCUACAGUUGCCCAUGCUGGUAUUGUAAGCGGCAGAAGAGAAGUUUACAAGUAUGACCACCAAGUGCAGUAUCAAUGCCAUAGAGGGUUUAAAAUGUCUGGAUUAAACACUGUGAAAUGUGGAAUGAAGGUGUGGUCAGAACCACCCACUUGUGAAGAUGUCAGAUGUCCACCCCCAGAUGAAAUUGACCAUGGUGAUAUUUCUGGUCAACGAAAGGAAAGGUAUUUGCCCUCUGACACAGUGCGUUAUCAAUGUGAACCAGGCUGGAUUCUUUCUGGUUCAGCGGAAGUAACAUGUUCGAAGAAGCAAUGGACAAAGCUACCAACGUGCAUAGAUCCUGAAGGAAACUGCGGUCGUCCUCCUAUUAUUCAGAAUGGUGAUGUCCUUGACACUGUUCAGGCACAGUAUCCCCCAGGCACAACAUUGCGUUAUAAAUGUCAAAACUUGUAUUUAAUGAAUGGAACUUCUACAGUACAUUGUGAAAAUGGUCUCUGGACAGAACCUCCAAUAUGCACAGAGGCUUGUACAGUAAGUGAAGAAGAUAUGUGGCGCAACAAGAUUCAGUUGAAGUGGAAAAAUGCUCCAAAAAUAUAUUCAUCAUCUGGCGGUGUAGUGGAGUUUGCAUGUAGAUUGGGCUAUGAGCCAGAUCCAUCAUCCCCUCCCUUCAGAACACACUGUAUAAAUGGGAGGAUGGAAUAUCCAAGAUGUAUCUGGAGCUAUCAAGAUGAAUGACAAAGAAGGAUGCAACUGAUGUUUUUAAGCAAGACUUGUUCUUCAAAAACCUUCAUUCACUUAUUUCAACCACUGGCAUACCCAAGCUAAUUUUGUAAUUAUAUUUUUGGAGAAUGAUGUCUGUAAUUCUUCACAAUAGAUCUUGAAGUCAGAAUUGAAAACAUACUAGAAGCUAUACCUGCAACUUUUAUCAUGAUACUAACAUGGUGGUAAACCACUAUAUUUGGUCCAAUGUUAAAGCUGCACAGUGGAAAACAUUACACAUAUAAAGCUAUUAAAGAAAGAAAAUAUAUCAGCAGUCAACAAAGCAGUAUGUUUCUGACUCUAUAAAGUAAAUAUCAAUGAGAACUAGACAUCUUUUUCAGAAUAUGCUGGCCGUGUAUAGAUGAAAUGGAUUUUUUUAUUAACCUGCAGAUUCUGCCUUCUUAGAUGUUUGUCUUUAUUGGUAAAUAAAAAGUGUAUAGUUUU